AUGUCACAAUGUCGCUCGCAGUCAACUGCUAGAAACCGCGUCCAAGACUACUGUAAAAGCGGAUCCAAGCGCGAUUCCCAUUUGGAGUCCCCGACUUCUGCUAAGCCGCUUUGGGACCCCGACGGUGCUGCGCCGGCGACUGGCAGCGUUGCGAUUGGCUGCCGGGCUGGGCUGGGCCUGCCGGGCCAGCAGGGCUUGGAGGGCGGCUGUUCUCCCUUAAGCAGCGUGCUGGGCGGGCGGCCGCGCUGA